AUGAGGCUGUUUCUAGGAUCUAUUGUCACAGUUCUCUUGCUAAUGGUGCAAAAAACCAGAGCACAGAUUUGGGAUUGCGAUUUCUUCGGCACUGUAGAUCUCUCGGCAGCUCGACGGCUCUGGAAUGGUUCAUAUUUAUACGAGGGCCUUCUCAUUCCCGCCCAUUUAACGGGUGAAUAUAACUACAGGAUUUUGCCUAAUGGCCAGAAAGAUAUGGUGGCAAACCACACAAGAGGAUGUGCGUGCAAACUGAGGUCCUGCGCUAGGGUUUGUUGCCCUCGAGAGAACUACAUUAAGGAUAAUGCAGUGUGCUACUUGAACAUUGAAGACCUAACCCAGAUUGAUCCUUAUUUAAUCGUGACUCUCAGCGAUGGGUUAGUGUCCAGAAGGCACUCUAAAACCGAUCUAAUCGUGCAGUGGGAUUUGCCAUUGCGCUGUGACCAAAUGAUCUACCUAGACAGCCGGGAAAAAUUGGAUGAUUACACUUUAUUCGAGAAUGGAACCUUUGUUCGCCAGAAUUACGGCAUGACCCUGAAUAGGCCAAACUACUGCCUCCAGCAUCUUCAGUUCAGAGACGGAAAAUCCAAAUACAUUAGUAAUAAACCUAAUCCCCUCAUCUGCGUGAUAUUGCUUUCUAAAACGGAGAAUUCUGCGGACAACGAGGAGUAA